AUGGCUGCCAAGAUAUUUGCCCUCCUUGCACUCCUUGCUCUCUCGGAGAGCGCUACCACCGCGUUCAUUAUUCUGCAGUGCUCACUAGCCGCCUCCACUGCCACUAUUCUACAGUACCUCUCACCUAUCGCCGCCAUCGGAUAUGAGCACCCAAUUGUGCAGUCCAACAAGCUUCAGCAGGCACUUGCAGCUAGCAUCCUACAAUCACAUGCAGUUAUCCUACAGCAACAGUCUGCCUUAUUGCAGCAGCAAUCUUUGGCCCAUCUGAUAGUACAGAGCAUCGUGGCACAGCAACAACACAUUCUUUCGCCGUUCAGCCAGCUAACCCUGGAGAACCCCGCCGCCUAG